CCCGGCUCGACCAGACCUAUAGUCAGACCACUCCUAUCUAUACUCAUCCAUCCAUACAUCCAUCCACGCAGCCAAACAGGCGGCCAGUCAGCCACGCAAUGCAUUGCAAUGUCAUGAUGCAGCAAAUACAACAGACGCGCACGCGCACAAUCGCACCAAUGCGGCGUGAGGCAUGUGUGCGUAGCGCGUAGGACUGACAAACGAUCCUCCCAUUCAUCCUCUCUCUCUCCUCGCCCGCGUCCACUCCACCCACGUGUGUGUGUGUAUGAAUGAAUGAAUGAAUGAUGGAUGGCUUCUUUAGCCAGCCAUGCGCCUCGCCUCACUCCCACCCAUCCGUCUCGACUCGACCCCUCCCUCCUCAGACAGACAGGACAGACCCAAGAAGCCCCUCAUCGUCAGUCAGGAUUAUAUAUGUAUAUCGAUCGGCCACACGAGGCGGACACUCUCAGAGGUGAGCACGGUGUGAGUCAUUGAAUUGAAAGAUGAUCAUGCAAUCGAUGUGCCCCAGUGCUCUGACUCCCAUCUGACUGGUGGGUGCAGGACUCACUCACUCACUCAGUCACUGUGACGGCGCAAACGAGCCCGAUAAAGCAUCACGCCGGCUACCUGCUGGGCCAGCGAUGAUCAAAAUACUUGAGCGGGCUACCGAGAGAUAGGAUGAUAAUAGAGAUGACGCGUGCGGCUUAUCUUCCUCGGUGGGUGGUGGGUGUCGGCCUCCCUCAGCAAGGCCACACCCACACAAGGGAGCCAAAAAGCCGACAAGUGUCUGUCAUCACUCGGUUCAGCUUCGCUCAGCUCGUCUGACCGACCGUGACAAGAGUGAGGGAACCAGUGGGCACCACGUAAUGGAGGGCAACCAAACACUUGAGCACUUAGGGGUCAUUGUGUGUACUGGGUGUGUGUGAGAGUGUGGGUGUGGGUGUGGUGUGUGGACAGCUGGCUGAAUUGCCUGUGCCUCAAUCGCUUCGUUACGCAAACCAUCAAGGAAGGACCAAGACAAACAGACAGACAGACAGACAAACAGACAGGCAGAGAGACCGAAAAAUCCAUUAAAGGCAGAGAGGGGAAAAGUACGCUGAGGGGAGGCGACGGAGGGAUGGAGGGAUGGGUGGAUGGAUGGAUGGAGGGGUGGGGGAGAGAGGGCGAGAAGCGAAGGAAAGCAGUGGGUGGGGCAGGGGAGGAGAGGGGAGGGGAGGGGAGGGGGAGGAGGGGGCAGUAAGAACCAACCACUCAGACACACUCCCACACCCACACAGAGAAAUACACGGACCAACUAGACGUAGACGGCCAGGCUAUACACACGGUAUACGAUCAAGGCAGGGAGGGAGGCAGAUAGCUAGCUAUACAGAGACACCACUCUCUCCCAUACACACACACAUGGACAUCCAUCCACACAGAUGAACACCGGUACAUGUCUGUACGCAGAGAGAGAGCACAGCACAGUAGCAAGUCAGUCAGUCAGUAAAGGGGAAAAACGAACGAACGAACCAGACAGGCAGAGAGAGCCAAAGCCAGACAGACCAUCAGCACGCCACCACACCACCACAUCGCGGCACACCACACCACACCAAAUCAGCGUCAACAGAGCAAAGCAAAGGAAGACCGCAGAAACAAAGUGGAGAGGGAGGGGAAAAAGCAAAACUGAAUCGAGCCCAGGCGUGGUGACGUGAGCAGGCCGCGUCAUGUGCCGUGCUUGUGUUGGUGGUGGCCGAGAAAAUCAAGAAACCCAUGGCUACCCUGCACACACACACACGCACCCACACACACACAGUCCUUCCUCGCCCCUCUGUCCCCCCUGCGUGUGUGGCUACUUACCUUCUUGCCAUGUGCCGCCGUGUGUGGGUGUUGCUCGACGGGCACCUUCUCCUCCUUUGAGCUCAUACGCCGUGAGAGUAUGCCGCCCGGAGAGUGGCUUGCGUGGGAGGCCUCCCGGCUGUGCACGUGCCGCCCGUGGUGGUGGGGGUGGCCGUGUGGCGCCUUCUUGUCGACGAAGCUGUCCUUGAGCAGCGCAACGAAACGCAGAGACGCCAGCCACCCCCACUGGCUCAACAUCCUGAUCGACGGACAGCACACAAAUGGCUGGUUUGUCCGUCCGUCAUUGCAAUCGUGAGAGCACAGGAAUUGACGUAUCGUACCAGUGUGGGAUCGACCCGCAUAGGUCGACCUGCGUGAUGCAGGAUAUCUCGACGCCAGCCGUGCCGUCGUGCAGGUGGGUGGGCCGCAGUCUGAAGCUCAUGGUGUGCAUGUGGCACCGGAUGGCGGGCGUGUGCCGGUAGUGCGGGUUGCGAUUGUCAAACGAGUCCAUCGCCAUCUAUAUGUCGAACAACACAUGACACACCACGUGCCACAUGUCGGGGUGUUUCUGGCGCUCAGGGUUAGGGUACCUUACCUUCUCGGUGUCGUCUGAUGUGUAGUGGACGUAUGUAGUGAGGACGCCGUCCUCCUCGACGACCUCGUGGCGCUCGUACAUCCACACCAACGACUCACUGCGGGACCGACCAGCACACGACACAAUAUAUGGGCACCUGAACGAUUGGUUUCUCCUUCUGGGUGUGGUUUGCGUGCGUCUGUCUGUGAGUACCGCGGUGCGAGCAUGCGGAAUGCGAAUCGUGUGUGCAGCAGCGACACGCUGUCCUCGCCCUGCAGCCGCUCGCAGUCACUGCAGGAGGGAAUCCACUCGUACCACUUGCAGGCAGUCAGCCGCUCAGCCACCGCCUUGACAUUCAACCCACCAAUACGCACCAGACUCUACAGGCACCAAUACACAACACCACCAUGAGAGAAAUUGGACACCCCUCCCUCCACGGCUCUCUCGACGCACCUUAAACAGCGGCAGGUCAUGGCCCGGGACGUGUUUCUUGUACACGUAUGUGUGCUCCUUGGGGCGCACCCGCACAGCGUGCCAGCUCCCGUCAUCGCGAUGCAUCUCACGCGUGGCGUCCAGCACCCGCUUCGCCUCGAGGCAACGCGCAGAGGGCGCGGGAACGGGCUUGCUCUCAGCCAUGGAAGAAGUGUUGCUGUCAUUGUAGGCCGCGACGGGGACCGUGGCAAUCGAUUGCGCGGACUCACUGGGUUUGGGGGGAGGGAGGGGGAGGGGGUCGAGGUCGGGACUGGCGGCAUGCUUGGCGGUCUUCUGCAGCUCGGGGGAGGGGGGGUAGGCGGAUGAGGCGUAUGUGGUGCUGAGGGCGGGGGAGGAGGGGUCGUGGACCGACGAGGGGGGGAUGAUGGUCGUCUGGCUCUGGCUCGUCUCAUUGGCACUCUCGACACUCACCCCAUUCCAGUUCUUCUCAUUGUUGAUCAAUGGACUCGACGUGCCUUCCGUCUUGCUCUUGAUGUAGUACUGGAGGUCGUCGUACGUCAACUCGUCCAAAAAGGCACCCAGAUUCUCCUCCGCCGGCAUGACGCGGAGGCCCUUCUCCCGUGGGUCAAUACAGAGGUCGCAGCUGGCCACGGAGGUGGGACAGCCCACACAGGACUGUUGCUGGCCCAUCUGACUGUCUGCUACAGCCGAUGAUAGCCAGAGCAAAUUGUAGCAGAGUCGUUGAACUCGUUGUGUGCUCAGUCCCCCCAGUACGUCGAAACGCUGUGUUGUAGCUGAGGGAAGUUGAAACGAUGGUUGGAGCUGAUCAGAAGAUGCUGGUGAAGACGUCAGACCGAGAUGGUAGCGUCGUCGAACUCGGUGUUUGCCCAGUCGAACUCGUUGAACAAGCUUUCAACUCGUUAGCUGAGGGCAGGUGAGGGGAAGAAGAGGGGCGAAGGAGGGGGAAGGACUGAUGUG